AAAAUUAAAUAAAUAAAUAAUUAAUUAGAAAAAAGAAAUAGGAAAACCCUAACUGUUCUUCUUCUUCACUCCCUCGCCCUGGCCUCCUCUGUUUCAGCAGCUCGGUGUCGCCGCCGCCUCUCUCCCAUUCGUUGCUGCCGUCGUUUUUCUGUUCGUGACCGUAGCCUCCUCCCUUCUCGGGGCUGUUCACUGAUUUUCUACUCUCUUGUUGUUACAGGGAUUUAGUGCCACCAUGCAAUAAUUCACUGAUUGAAUCGAAGAAAUAAUGAAGAUGAUUGCAGUUGCACAAUCCCUUCAAGCCCGUUCCACACUUCCUAAAAUCAUUGGGUUGUUGCAGGUCCGCUUCUUCCAGCCUGAUUUUACUCCCAGAGACCCGAAUGCCAAGCCAAAAAGAUACAAGUAUCCACCUUUUUAUGAUCCAUAUGGCCCUAGGCCCCCACCCUCUAAUAAAAUCAUUCAGCUAGCUGAAAGAAUUGCAGCACUGCCUGUCGAUGAGCGUUGCCAGAUUGGUCCCGCACUCACUGAAAGGCUUAAACAUCCUAAGCUGGAGCAAAUUUCAGUUGAUGGUAUGGACAUGGGUUCCGGAGGAGGAGCAGCCACAGGAUCUUCCAAAGUAGAGGAGAAAAAGGAGAAAACCGCUUUCGACGUGAAGUUAGAGAAGUUCGAGGCAGCUGCCAAAAUUAAGGUGAUUAAAGAAGUGAGGGCUUUCACUAAUUUGGGUCUGAAAGAGGCAAAAGACUUAGUAGAGAAAGUACCUGCAAUUCUUAAGCAAGGAGUGACCAAGGAGGAAGCGAACAGCAUUAUCGAAAAAAUCAAAGCUGCUGGAGGGGUUGCAGUCAUGGAGUAAAAAUUGUUCUUAAGUUAUUUUUGUGCUUUAUUUAUAUUUGUCCUACGGCUUUAGAAAUCCUGGACAACUCUUAGCUUCAAUCACUGAGUAUUUGUUCUAUGGGUUGAUGUUGUUGGCAGCCAGUAGAGUUGCAUAAGGAUGAGGAAGAAUAAAUCACUUUUAGACUUGUUUUUCCGAUAU